UUACCGUUAUGUAAUUCUUUAUAAAAACUGGACUUAAAAGAAAAUGAUUGGAGGAACUAGUUCAGAUCAUCUUUGGAAACAUAUUUUAGUGGUUUUCUUAUGUUCUUUGUCGUUAUAUUCAGGGGCAAAUACGACAAGCUGUAGUGAUGAAAAGAACACCGAUGCUAACCGCUGUGAUAAGAUAAUUCCAGGAGGGAGAAGAUGCUACUUAUUUACACAUUUGGUAUUAGGUUGCGAAAAUGGUCAGAUGCUUUGCAAGGUUAAUCGGACAUUAUGUUUGCCAUAUCAAUCAAUGUGUACACCACAGUGUUGUGAUGGCUGGAAAGAAGACUCAGAACAUCGCUGUACAGUCAAUAUAUAUUCCCUGCCAAUGCCCGACAUGGAAGUUGAUCGUACUAGCGUUCCAACUGUUAUAAGUGCCACAGUUGUCGGUUUAUUAUUCAUUGUUCUUGCUGUUAUGUCAUUCGCCAUGUUUCGAGUUUGUAAAGCCCGCCGAAAUUUACGAGGUCGCUUGCGAAGGAACAUUCGAGGAAGUGCGACCAAUAUACAAAAUUACAAUUCUUCGAUAUUUACAGUGUAUAACAAUGAACCACCGCCGUAUGAUGUUAUCGAAAAUUCCAAAUUACCAGAAUACACACCACAGGAUAGUCCACCAAGUUACGAGGACAAUAAUCAAGCCCCAGGUUGCAGUGAAUUAUCUGUUUCAAUUUCAGAACAGAGUAAUAUUAACAACGAACCCAAUAUCAAUAGACAUAUUUACACUUUGGAUCAUUUACCUGAAAUUGCUCCAAUUGACCCUAGAUCUAGCUCCGAAUAAUCUUCUGACUGCAUGCAACAAUCACAUUUUAAAUUAAAACGUCAAAUGCUUUGAUUUCUGAUGCAUCAUAUAGCGGGAACUGUGACUUUAAUGGCAGACACAUUUGCAAACAAGUAUAAAAACCAUUAUACAGAUCCAAGAAACCGGGAAUUUCCAUGAACAAUAAAAAUUAACAGUUACAAAUUUAUAUGAUUCGUUUGAUUUUUAUUUGAAAAAUGUAAUAUCAAAAUUAAUUUUACUUCAUCUAUAUAUGUUUCGGUACAUGCAUUACAAUAUUUAAUUUAUAUUCUCACACCGUUUUUUUUGUUCCUAAAUAUGUUAGUUCUGACUUUGUUUGUUUUACACAGUAUUACGUUAUUGACAUGUACA